UGUACAUUGCAAAAAUUGUACUCAUUUUCAGACGCUUAAACCUGCAGUGAAGGUUGAACUAUCAUUCAAUGCGUGCUCGUAUCAGAGCUGCUUCAAGUUCAGGUACUUCCUGGUUAAAGAUUAUCAAAAAACAUGAAAGAAUGUUGAAAACAGUGGUAUUCUAGGAGUUUGGGUGGUUGCGUGAGAUACCUUCACAUCAUAAUGUGAUUGUUCGCUUAUUGCUUUCGGUUAGAAGUCGUUCUAUUGCAGCAUUUUUUUUAACUUGAGUGUAAAAGCCAUGUCGACUGUGAACGAACUCCGGCAAAAAUUCGCCCAAGCUUCACCGCUGGGAGGCCCUGCGGCGGGUGCCCCCCCCCGGUGCCGUCUUCUCGAAGGCCUGCCCUGCCCACACCUGCAUCCUCCACGGCAAUGCCACCCUCGCCAGCUUACCAACAUGACAAACGACCACCCCUACCAGCCCUGCCGGGAAAGCAACCUCCAUCAAAACUCGGCAGUGGAAAUAAUCAGAGGUUUUCAUCGGAAUACCCGAAGGAAGAGGAGGCUGCUGAGCCGGAGUCGGAAGACUUAUACCUGAACCCCGAUGAAAAAGCUAAAUCGCCAACUUUGGUGUCGCUGAACGCAAGCUCUAACUCCACAAACUCUGUCAGUGUCACGAGUCCCAAGCUUCCCCCACCCCGGAAGACCAGUGGCAAAUUCUUCCAAGGUGGAUCAUCUUUCUCCUCUGAGACCAAACUUAACGGGGGCGGUCCUGGGGCCGGCGCCAGCAGCGGUGGUAGCGGGGAUGGGACUUUCUUCAGUGGUGCAUCAGUGACAAGUGUGAGCUCGUUUCAGACCAGCACAUCAAAAGAAUCGGACAGUGUGGGUCUUACAUUUCAGUACUAUGCAAAUGAAGAUCUUAAGCAGCCAGUGUUUUGGCAGGAGGUCCGAGGGGCCAGUCGCAUGGGCUUCGGCACCGACCUCCAGGACAAGACGGCACACGAUGCCAUCCUGCGGCUGAACGACCAAGAGCUGAAGCUGAUGGAGACGCUGAAGCGGGUGGUACAGCACAAGAUCAAGGCAGACAAAGAAUAUGCCACGUCGCUGGGGCUUAUCAGUGGGCUGGCCAGCCGGUUUGAGGAGGACCAGCAGAUACGACACAAAGGCUGUACAGUCAAGGCAUGGAGCACCAUUAUAAAAGAAACGGAUGCAGUGAGCAAGCUCAUCAGACAACAUGCCGACGAGAUGAAUGCAGCCAUUGUGGACAAGCUGAGCACCAUGAUCAAAGAUAAAAUUGACCUGAAAAAGCAAUAUGUUCAGGAACGUACAAAGAUCGACACAGAUUAUAUGAAGGUCAAAAGUGAAGUCAAAGACUGCUUUGUAAGGUAUCAGAAGGCGGCGAAGGAUGCUAAAGAGGCCAAGGCCAAGUACGAAGAGACCGUCAUCAAAGGCAAGCCAAAAGACAUUGAGAAAGCCAAAGAGCGCUUCAAGAAGACAGUACUGAAGCUGCAUGUGGCCCACAAUGAGUACGUCCUGUCGCUGAAGGCAGCCACGCUGCACCAGGAACACUACAGGACCAGCAUCUUGCCCAGGCUGCUGGAGUGUCUGCAGCAGUCGCAGGAGAGCCAGAUAGCUCAGGUCAAGCAGACAAUGUCAGAGCUUUCUAACCUGUCCAGUACCUGCACCGGGGACUUUGUCGCGAGUCAGAAUGCUAUCAUGCGGAGCAUAGCCGAGCUCCGCCCAGACAUCGAGUACUCGAACUUUGUCGAAAAUCACAAAGUCGAAUCACCCGCUCGGGAGUACUUUGAGUUUGAUGCCAGCAUCAUGGAGGAGUUCUCUGACGGUUUAGAGGCAAACACCAUUGUCGUUGACAACCUCACCCUGGAGUCAGUCCAGCACACGAAAACAUCUCUCUCCGAAAGCCUGGAUGAAGUUCGCCAGACCCUGAUCAGCAAGAAACAGGAACUGCAGGGGCUAGAUGAAGAGAUCCGGACCAUCCAGCCAUCACCCACAGACGAGGCAGUCCUACUUGACUUGCUGUCGAAGCAGAAGAUGUAUCGGGAUGUCUCCCGGGAAAUCCAGGACCUGAAGUGCCAGGAGGCCAAGCUGAACGCCCAGUUCACCAUGCUCGACCAGAAGCUGCCGGCCGAGGGAGAGGAGGACAGUCUGCCCCCAGGCAUUGACCUCCCGGACACGCCCAUGGUCAACUCCAGCACCAUGAAAUCAGGCACAUUGCCUGCCCAGCCUGGGGAUAAGAAGGAAAAGAAAAUGCACAUGGGUCGGGUGACAGGCUUCUUCAAGCGAGGCCAGGACUCCAGUGAGCAGCAGAAGCCGCCCAGCGAGAUCCCCAUCGAAGACGAGGAGUGGUACCACGGUGCCCUGCCCCGCCCCGAAACGGAGGAGUUACUGGGGAACGAUGGUGACUUCUUAGUCAGGGAAAAGAGCGACGCCUCAGGCCAGUACGUGCUGUCGGCGCGAACAGCGGGUAGAAUCCGCCACUUCCCCAUCCUACGCAAUGAAGAUAAUAUGUACCGUCUGGAAGGAACUGCAUUCCCCACUGUUGGCCAUCUGAUCCGCUAUCAGAUAUCCAGCGGCACACCAGUCACCAAGGCCACUCAAGCCUGCCUGAUCCACCCAGUGGUCAAGGUUCGAGAUGAGCACGACCUUCGACACGAAGAGAUUGAGCUUGGAGACAAACUAGGAGCUGGACACUUCGGCGAUGUCUUCCGCGGCAAGCUCAGGAAGGACGGCACCCCCGUGGCCGUCAAGACCUGCAAGGAGACGGUGGACGCAGCCACCCGGCGCAAGUUCCUCCAGGAGGCCAACAUCUUGAAGCAGUACAACCACGCCAACAUCGUUAAGCUGAUCGGCGUCUGCACCGACAAGCACCCCAUCUACAUCGUCAUGGAGCUGGUUCCCGGUGGCGACCUUCUGUCAUUCCUCCGCAAUGAUGACAAUGACAUCAGCGUGAAACAGAUGGUCAAGAUGGCGGAGGAUACCAGCGCCGGCAUGGCAUUUCUAGAAUCCAAGAAUUGCAUCCACAGAGAUCUGGCUGCCAGAAACUGCUUGGUCGGACACAAGAACAUCAUCAAGAUCAGCGACUUUGGCAUGUCCCGAGAGGACAAUGUCUACACCAUCAAAGGAGGAGCCAUGAGGCAGAUACCCAUCAAGUGGACAGCACCUGAGGCCAUGAACUAUGGAAAGUACACAACCAUGUCUGACGUGUGGAGUUUUGGGAUCUUGCUAUGGGAGGUAUUCUCGCACGGGAGCACGCCGUACCCGGGCAUGUCAAACCCAGACGCAAGGGAGAAGGUUGAACAGGGUUACCGAAUGCCAGCACCCCAGGACACUCCGGAAGAGAUCUACACGCUCAUGCUGCGAUGCUGGGAAUACCACGACGAGAACCGGCCAAAAUUCAAGGAGAUCCAUGCCUUACUCAAGCGACUCACCAAGACGAUCAAGUAAACCACGUGGUGUUGCCGAGGGGGGUGUUGACGUGGGACGACGGCAUGGGCACGCGACCGGAAGGGAAGGUCUGUGCUGAUGUGACAGAUGCCAUGCAUUGUCUCAAAAAAGACCAUUGGAAUAUCUUGAUAGACUGCGGGAGGACUGUAUCUGUGAACUGCCAUGGGGAGGGGCUGCACAGUAGGUGAAAGAGUGUCGUGACAAGACCGUGGGAGUGUCUUGACAAGACCACAGGGAGUGUGACAAGACAAUUGGAAGAGUCUGGACAAGUCCAUGGGAGUGCCUUGGUAAGACCAAGGGAGUGUCUCAACAGACCUGUGGGGAGUGUCAUGACAAAACCGCAGGGAGUGUCUCAACUCAACAGGCCAAUGAGGAGUGUCUUGACAAAACCGCGGGAGUGUCUUCACAAGACAACGGGAGUGUCUUGGCGAGACCGUCUCAACGACCACUGGCAGCGUCCCAACAAGACCAUUGGGAGUGACUCAUCAAGACCAAAUAAGCACCUCAACUGGACUGAACCCCGAGAAUGUCUUGACAAAGCUGUAGAGCUCUUCAAAAGCUGUUUGGCGGGGAUGACAUACCAUGAAGUAAAAAUUCUUGUCACAGGUUUGCAAGAUAUUUCUCUGGUUUGGAAAUGUUUUCAACAGCUCGUGCAAAGCAAAAUGUUGCAAGAAAGAGUGGAGAUGGGCGAUUCUUCUCACUACACUUUUUUUUAAAAUUCAGUGAAAGUAUAUUUCAGGUUCAUAAGUCAGCUAAUGUGGCCUUCCGUCUGGGUGAAAGAUUGCUUGUUCCGAAAGCAAAAAUUGGUGUAAGCCAGCGUUGUAGUCGAGGUUAUCAUAGGUCCGUUACAAGUCAUCAGUACGAUGCCAGUUCUCAGGCUAUUCAAGUGAACUGUGAAAAAAAAAGUAUUCCUUCGUCAUUUCUCACCCUGUUACUUAUGACAGGUUUGGUGAGGGGACUCGUUACUUGACUUGUAAAGGGAUUUGUGGCGGACUCGACUACAUCCCUGGUGUUAACUGAUGCGAUUGGUUAUGUAUCUCUUCGUCGUUGCAGAGAAAAAUGCUUUGUGGACGUAAGGCUGGUACCUAAGCAAAAUUCUUAUUUUUCCUAAUUCUAUUUUUGGAAUACGUGUAAUUCAGUACCGACAUGCCUGUUAGUUCUGUUUGCCAAGAAUUCCAACUCAUUCUGCUGUGAAAUCCAUGUUGUACAUAAAUGUAGUAAAUAAAAGUUUGGAUUAUACUGUAAAAUUGUGUACAAUCUAUAUUUCAUAUUUUCUUGUCUUUCAAGAGAAACAUUGUCUAGAGGCAUGAAGCAUGCAUCUUGUUAUUAAAAGAACAAGCAACGCCUUCUAAAAAGAGAAAGUUUCUUUUGUUUUAACUUUCAACAAUUCAUAUUGAAUUUGCUUCAGACAAUGAGUCUUUCUUUAAAUAGAAUUUAUUUUCUGUGUAAUAACUUUUGUAAGCUUUGUGGGAGCACUCAUUUGACACAUUUUUGCUCUACCUGUUGUUAUUAUUUGUGCAUUUAGAGUUUAGUUUAAAGCAUCUGCUUUUAAAAGUCUUAUUUCUGCAUUUCCAAAUUAAUUUGUCAUUUAAUAUGAGACACAAGGGUGGUUUUCAGGAAUCCCAAAGUUGAGAAAUAUAGCAUUGGUUUUUAAAUUCAUUCCCUCGUCAAUGGUACAUUGCCAGCAAGUGUGAAGUCACAUGGUCCAGCCAAGUUCUGAAUGCAGUCUGAGAAAAUUUCCAAUAUGCUGAGGUGUCGUACUUGACAAAGGUGUUGCUUUUUUUAGAAUUAACCGCCGAGGACGCAAAUUAAUACACAAAUACAUGUACAUUUAAUGAUGUUUGAGCAAAGUGUUCAUAAGAAGACAUUUGUGAAUGGUUUUCCAAAAUCAACCCUUGUCUGUAAAGAAGUGGAAAAAAGCAUGGUGCUUUCGCCCUGAGGCCUCUUCAGUCUUUGUAGAGGCAACCCAAGUACUGUCUUUGACCCGUCAAGAAUGGUUGUACAAUUCACUAACGGGAAGUUCAGUUGUGAAAUAUAAGGAAGUGAUUGUAAAGGCCUAGCAGUUGGCACUACUUCUCUUUGUGAAGUAUAACAAUUUUUCCAGUCACUUCCUCCAGGAAGACUUUCUGUAUGUAAUCUUUAGUGAGUGUGUGUGUGUUGAAGGGGGAGGCCUGCGAAGUGCUGCCAGAAAACUGGUGGGAGUUGCCCCCUUUCCCCACCACCCACUGCAUGACGAAACGGUCAACAGUCACAGUGAUACGCCUCCAUAUUUCUGCCUCUGAAGGGCACAUUGAAAGCCUCACUAAUGCCCUCUGUAAAGAACCACCCUUACUGAUUGCUGAAAUAUUUCUAAGCUCCACGGAUGGACCAGCUACAUGCUGGGUCAGUGUUAUAUGUACAUGUACAGGCGUACUUACUCAGAGGUUUUAUCCAUACAAGAGUCACAUCAUAGGGACUUGCAAAUUAACCUAUACAGACAGGUGGUUGAGUACAUAUGGCAUAGUGUAUAGUCCUUUGAUAAUGCUGAGGGCAGUUUUCACGUUCUCAAUACAAGACAGAGUGGCCAUCAUCAGUGAUACAUUUUGGCAAAGUAGCCCAGUAUGUAUGUACUAUAUAUAGUGCAUUGCUUUUCCGUUGCACAUUCAUGCAUGAAAUGAGAUACUUGCGUACUUGAAGGCUUUUAGAUGUUUAUGCAUGUAGGGGAAGGGUAAAUAGCUUUGUCACUGAUGACGAGAGAAGAGAUGACCAAACAUUCCUUUAUUUAUUUCAUUUGGGGAAGAUUUAGUCUCGAGUUGACCAGUAAGUCUGCCAGAAAUUGGAGCCCAUACUACUAUGGUUUCAUAUCUGUGCCUGGGUCAUGCACACCUAUGAAAAGCCUCUUUGACAAGUUGGGAUAUGAGACUUGGUACUUGAGUGUGAUGGAAGUGCGGUAUUAUUUUGAGUGCACGUAAACGUAAUUCAAAUUAUCAAGGACCUCAGUGUACCAGAUCCUAUUCAAAUUUAACUCGUAGAAGGCUCAUUCAGGGUUUCUGUCGGCUUCUCUGUUGUAAAGUGGCCCCUCUUAAACCUUGUCCAUUUUCUCGCUGUGUUUCCCACCCUUGUCCUCACCCACAGCUUGGCCGGCGACACACUGGCGGAAAUGGUCUUGGGUGUACACCUUGUAAUUACCACACUGACACUGGGAAAUAUUCCAACGCACUCAAAUGGCAAUUGUGAUAUGUUUGCAUGCGAUCGAGCAAUCAACCACUUCCUUAAUUGUAUGCAUCGUAGCAUGGAUGUGUAAUUUCAUAUCCAUGUGAAAUAUUGCUAUGAAUAGCAUUUCAUUGUAUAGUACAUGUACAUGUAGGUAUGUUAUUGCAAUUAAUGUAAAUUGUGAUGAACUGUAUUAUGAAUGAUAGCUGUCUGAUUAACAAAUUAUGUGAGAGCUCUAUAAUUUAAACUGGGAAGGGAUUACACUUUUUAUAAAAUACUUCCACAGCUCAAUUAAGGGUAGUGUAAUAUGAAAGUAUGGGAAAUGAGGUAAUAUUGUAAUAAAUAUUAUAUGUAUUUUGCUAUGCAAAUAUUCAUUGCUUAAUUGGUGGGCAGUAAACAUGAAAAUACCAAUUUUAUCAGUCAUUGAAUAAUGCGGAAUAGAUGACUUAUUUAGAUCAAAAAAGGAUAUUACUCAGAUGGUCAAGUGAAAUAAAAGACAUAUUUUUAAUGUUGGUGUCCAUU